AUGAACAGUCCAUGGUUCCCUUGUAUGAUACAGAGAACUUUAAAUGGAACUGGGCACUUCCAAAAUGCCAUCGUGAAUCCGGCAUCAUUCAGUUACCCGAUCUUGAAGAGGGGAGAGACAGAGGGGGGGGGGGGGGGGGGGGGUAGCAGUGCGAGCGACUCGGAGGAAUCCAGUGGCGAGGACCCGUCAAGUCAACUUGAAGAUACCAGCUCGAAACCACACACCUUGGAAGACAUCUUCUCGUCGUUCUUUAACACCGCAUGUGGUGCUGUUGCCAAGAUGAGGAGAAAGGAGAUCAUAAAGGAAAACAUCGGAGCAGUGACUCGCACUUGGAGCUCACAAAACUCCACACGUCCUGUAAAGGAUAAAGAAGUCUCGCGGAAGCCAGACCUUGCACUGUUGGAUGACGUGGAGGCUCGGUGGGACACCAUCAAGGCAGUCUGCGAGUUGACGUCGCAACUGUACACUCCUACAGGGACGAUUGGAAAGACGAUCGACAGCAAGGCUUACCUUCUCUUGAGACGCCAACCUUGGAGGCGGUUUGUUUUGCUCUUCUCCCUUACCCACGAAUAUCGUGAAUUGCGAGUUCACAUCGCUCCAAACCAUUUCCUAUACAUCUUAUCCGGUGUCGUCUUCGGCAAUCUUGAUUGUAUCGGGUACGAUCCUUCAAUCAGUAUAUUCACGAAGACGCUUCGCCCUGCUCAGCUCGAAAAUCCGAUUUUUCGCCCUUCUGUGGACAAACCACCCUCACGAGCUCAAGUGCGCAGUUCCACGAAAGGUCCAGAAGGCACUGGACCCAAGAAGAUUAUCGACGAACCUCAGGCUGAGUCUGACUCGGAGAUGGACUCAGACGUAGAGAUGAGCUCGAGUUUCGAGGAGAGCCUCUCUCAAGACCCCCCUCAGCUAGAAAUGCCCGAAGAUCCUCUUCGCAGAUCUUUUUCAGACCCGAUUGGCAGGAUCACAGUGAACGACCACACGUACGAUAUCCUCGAAGUCAUAUUCUCCAGUCAGGGGCUUGUUGGGCGCGGCACCGUCUGUUAUUUAGCGAGGAGGGACGAUGAAGAAUACAUCAUCAAGGAUCAUUGGGUCCUUGGGGGUAAAGAUGCGGCGUUGAACGAGGUUAGGAUGCUGCGGGAGAUGCAAGGAGUCCGUGGUGUGCCAGAACUAGUGGAAUAUUGGCUUGUUGAGAUCGCGCCCAAUGAGGUUGAUGAAACAAUGAAUUAUCGAUACAAGGUUUUGGGAAGUAUCAAAGGGACCUCUCGUACGCACGUUCGUUUGGUUUUGAAGCCUCGCGCUCGACCUUUGCAUGCGUUCCGGACAAAGUUAGAGUUAGUGAGCGCUCUUCGGGACAUUGUCAUAGUUCAACGUACAGCGGUCGAGGAUCGUGGAGUUCUUCACCGUGACUGCAGCCUUAAUAACGCUAUGAUUGAGGAUGAUGGCGACGGGACCAAUGGACUCUUGAUCGAUUGGGAAUUCGCUGUCCAUAUUGAUGCGGGUCGAAAAUACACUAUCGGUGGGACGGGCACAUUACCUUUUAUGUCACGUUCGCUUCUGUGGCAACUCUCAGAGGCUGUUGGCGAUGUUGCAACAUCUGCUCGCAGCUGGAAGGCGAAGCUUGCCACGUCUUCCCUCACAAAACCGCCCCCCCCUUAUCCUACACCACUACCAUGA